AGGUCCAAUCGAUCCGGUUUGGAGAACAUUGUUAAAACCCUUUUUGUAUAUAUCCAUAUGUGUAUAUGUAUGUAUUGUUUCAAUUUCGAAAAUCAGCAACCAAUCCGGAAAGAAACUACCCAUAUCAGCUCUGAUGUUGUUACGCUUAAGCUCUCUCUCUCCUUCCCUCUCUAAAACCUCACCCGUCUUCUCUCUCUUCACCAAAAACCAAUUUCGGUUUCUCUUCCGCAAGACCCAUUUUCACUCUCAUCUCUUCUACUAUUGCAAUUCUUUCGAACCCAUUAAUGCCAGAACUCGAUUCAUUAAUAUUAUAGCCACGACCCAAAAAUCCCAUCUCUGUACUGCAUCGGCUCUUCUCGAUAAACCCUCCUCUUCUCCGACUCCGAUGUCCAACAAAUCCAAGAAAAAAGCGCGUCGUGAGGCCCCAGAAAGCGUGCUUAAACACAAGCUUGACAUGUGCUCAAAAAAGGGCGAUCUAGCCGAAGCUCUUAGACUAUACGACGAUGCUAGAAGGAAUAAUAUCCCUCUUAGCGUCAACCAUUAUAAUGUUUUGCUCUAUUUAUGCUCUUCUGAAAGUAAUGGCGAGGAUAAAGAAGCCAAGGAUUUAUUCAAUUUAGGUUUGGAGAGGGGUUUUGAAAUACUUAAGCAAAUGGUUAUCGAAAAAGUUACGCCAAAUGAGGCCACAUUUACUAGCGCAGCUAGAUUGGCUGCUGCUAAAGAAGACCCAGAAAUGGCUUUUGAUUUGGUGAAGCAAAUGAAGAGUAGUGGAAUUCCACCGAAAUUGAGGUCCUACGGACCGGCAUUGUUUGGGUUUUGCAAGAAGGGAUUGGCUGAUAAGGCAUAUGAAGUCGAUGCACACAUGGCUGAAUCUGGGGUUCCGGCUGACGAGCCGGGGCUUUCGGCUCUUUUGAAGCUUAGUUCCGAGGCCAAAAGAGUGGAUAGAGUUUAUGAAAUGAUGCAUAGGUUGAGAGCUACUGUGAGGCAGGUUUCAGAAGAGACUGCUUGUGUUGUGGAGGAUUGGUUUAGGUCGGAGAGCGCCACUGAUGUUGGGAUGGAGAAUUGGGAUGUGGAGAAGGUGAGAGGAGGGGUUGUGAAGGGAGGAGGUGGGUGGCAUGGGCAAGGGUGGUUGGGGAUUGGAAAAUGGAGAGUGGUGAGGACUGAGAUGGAUGAGACUGGCAUGUGCCAUUCGUGCCAUGAGAAGCUUGUUUGUAUUGACAUUGAUCCUAGGGAGACGGAGAACUUUGCUAGUUCUUUGACCACAUUGGCUUGCCAAAGAGAGGCUAAGGCCGAUUUUAUGCACUUUCAGGAGUGGCUUCAGCGGCAUGGUCCAUUUGAUGCAGUAGUAGAUGGUGCCAAUGUGGGCCUUAUUAAUCAAUACAAUUUCAGCUUUUUCCAGUUACGUCAAAUGAGUCCAUCAAAGAGGUUACCACUUGUUGUUUUGCAUAAAAGCCGUGUAACUGGUGGUCCUGCUCAGAAGCUUAAUAACAAGAAGUUAUUAGAGAGUUGGAAAAAGGCUGGUGCUCUUUAUGCUACUCCUCCGGGUUCUAAUGAUGAUUGGUACUGGUUAUAUGCAGCUGUUAGUUGCAAGUGCUUGCUGGUGACAAAUGAUGAGAUGCGGGAUCAUUUGUUCGAACUUCUGGGGACUAAUUUUUUCCCAAGAUGGAAAGAAAAGCAUCAGGUUCGGUUGACUGUCUCAACGGGGGUCCUGAAUUUCCACAUGCCUCUGCCAUAUUCUAUUGUUAUUCAAGAGUCAGAAAAGGGUUGUUGGCAUGUACCAACCGUCACGGGAGAUGACCCUGAGACCCCGAGGCAAUGGGUGUGCGUCACCAGGACCAGGGACUCAGCAUCAGACGCUCUUUAAGCCAGACAAUCAUCCAUUUUUGAAAGACACACAAAGACAGAAAAUUGUAGUCUAGCAUUGAGGAAUCUGUGUUACCAAGAUAUUCUUGGUAAUUUACCCAAAAAUAAAAAGACAUCCUUGGUAAAAAGGUAGUAGAAAAAUGAGUUGGUUUGUUCCCAAGGGGCUGCUAUUUUUCCAAUCCCCAUCCCCAACCCCAACACACCCCCCCCCCUUCCCCCUGUGCGCGGGCUGGCCGCCCCGUGCGUGCACUGGCAGAUCCAUCCUGGUGAAAGUGUUGAAAGAGCUACUUGAUGUUUCAUGGGGAUUAGAAAAAUAGUGAAAGUGUAUGCUUCAAAUUAGUUUACUGGUAAAAAGUUGACAGUUGAAUCAGAGGUAUUGGGUGUAGUUUUAAAUGUUAGCUUUUGAUGGACUGACAUGGCUGGAGUUAUAGAGAAUUGAUUUGAAUUGUUACUUAAG